CCAUCGUCUUACUCAUAUCUACUGUUUUGAAGCUCGUAAAAGACGAAUGUCUUGUGUAAUCGUAAAAUUGUCCUCACACGCCAGGAUGAGCAAAGCAAAGUGCUGAGUCGGGUUUCCUGUCAGGAUGUAGUCACAUGGGGAGGUUAAACUCCUUUCACUCACUUGUGGAGGAGUCGGAGAGAAAGGGGGAUCUGCAGAGAGGUAGGGUCUUGAUUUUAAGACGGUAGCUUUGCUAUAAACAGACUAUCGCUUCUAACUGGACUCCAGAAAGCUUAAACAUUAAGCAGCUUCCUAUUUACUUGCUGGGGAGCUAUUACGUCAGUGACUCCUGACCUGCACAGCAUUGUUACAUUCUUCAAUGGCUUUCAAAGCUUUCACGCAGACGCGCGUCUUUGUAAAGCGAGCGGCCCCAAAGGAAAAGGACAAAUCCUGCAUCCAGUGCCUUGAGUGCCACGGCCCAAAUGUCUACCUGGGGACUAAAGACGCGACAGUCCAGCACCUGAUCCUGCCCAGCGCACAUGGAGAGCUGGGUCCUGUCCAGAGCCCAGCCAGAGAAGGUAGAAUGAGAAAACUAGGCUCGAGCGGCCCAGUGGUCCACCUGAGGACAGUACCGCUUUUCAACCACCUGCUGGUCCUGUGGGAUCGAGGCGUCUCCGCCCUCAACAUGUUUUCCUUAGAGCCGGUUCCCGCUCUGCCGAGGAUCCAGCACGUGUCUUUGUUCGAGGUGCGCGACACGCCGCUCGCGGUACAGAUGCUGACCGCGUCCAGCCGCAGGAAGGCCAUCUGGCUCCACGUGGUGGGAGUGGACAAGUGGGAGGCCGUGAAGGAAAUCCCGCUGCCUCAGGACCCGGUGGCCUUCGCUUUGGACGGCGCCAGUCUGUGUGUGGGCACCUGCAACAGGUAUCUGCUGUGUGACAUUCAGAGCGGCUGCACGGGGGAGCUCUUUCCUCACAGUCACAGCAGAGAGCGUGUCUUCGUUGCGUCAGUGGGACGAGGGGAGUUUCUCCUAAACGGGCCUGAAUCCUUGGGCGUUUUUGUGAUGGAGACAGGAAUAUGCCAGCGCCCCCCCCUGCAGUGGCCGCAGGAGGUGCUGGCAGCCGGAGUGUGUUUCCCUUACAUCGUAGCCCUGCAGCCCCAAGCGCUGUGUGUCUACAGCCUGUUAGAUCAGCAGCACAAACUGACCCUGGGCCUCAGUGGAGCCAGAGGUCUGCUGCCCGUUCCAGAUGGUGUUUUAGUGUUCACGGACAGAGACAUUUCCAGCCUGCGCCUGGUGCCACUCGAGGAGCAGAUCCAGGCUCUCGUGGAGCUCGAGAGCUUUGAAGAGGCCUUAUUGUUGCUGGACGGAGUUCACAGCCGCCGUCCCAUUGACUCGUACAAGGAGCGGCAGAAGGCCAUCACUUGCCUGGCUGGGUUCGCUCAUUUUUACCAGGAGGGCUUUUCCGAGGCCAGGGAUCUAUUCAUCAAAGGCGAACUGGACCCCAGAGAAAUCAUCCACCUGUUCCCCGGCAUGCGGUCGCUCCUCUGCGGUGACUUCCAGCCCCAGUAUGAUGGAGUAAACAAGGGCAGGGCCCUCCAGGUGCUCUGGCAGGACGACAGCAGCGCGCUUCAUCGUUACCUCGCCUUCCUGGGGGAGUUUCUCAGAGCAGUCAGCAGCACCGAGCGAGGCUUGCGGUGCGGAAAGGAGGUGGACUCUGCCCUCUUGAGGCUGUACACAGAACUGGGGGACGCGGAAAAUCUGCAGCAGCUCGCGGAAAUGCCAAACAAAUGCUUGCUGGACCACUGCGUUCCGGUUCUGGAGCAACACAACAGAUAUUUUGCAUUGGGCUCCCUCUAUCAAAGCCAUGGGAAGCACACUAAUGCGAUAGAGACUUGGGUAAAAAUAGCAGACGGCUUCUACAAAGACCCGUCUUGCUCGGACGUGUAUGGCCACAUAGUGUGGACGCUCAGUCGGCUACAAGACAGAGAAGCUGUGUGGGAAUUUGCAGAGUGGACUGUGCGAAGAAACCAGGAGAUGGGUGUGCGGAUUUUCACCCUGCGUCCACUAGAUGCUCAGCUGGAGGUGCUGGACGUCCUGGCUCUCUUAGAGAAGUACCCACGGGCGCUGAUACUCUACCUUGAAUUCUUAAUCCAUGAUUUAAACAACGAGGAGGAAAGGCAUCACAGUCGUCUGGCUCUGGCAUAUGUGAGCCAGGCUCUGCAUGAGGAGGCAGAUUUGAGGGCGACCAGAGGGAAGCUGCAGCAGCUGCUCUGGGAGUCCAGAUUCUAUGACGUCUCCGCAGUACACGAGAGGGUCAAGUCGACCGCCCUCCACGUGGAGGAGGCCAUCGUCCUCAGCAGAGCCGGGGACCACGCGCGGGCGUUGCAGGUGCUGGUUCACCAGGAGAGGGACGUCCGGGCGGCCGAGGCCUUCUGCAGCAGGGCGGCGCGCGGCCGGGGCUCCCAGCGCAGGCGAGCGCUGCUGCUCAGCCUGCUUCAAAUCUACCUGGGGUCCGAGCAGCUCGCCGGCGCCGCCGCGGACCUGCUCAACCGCAACCCCCGCGUCUUCCGGGCCGAGACGGCCGUCCAGCUCCUGCCCGAGGCCUGGUCCGUUCAGCUGGUGUCCCGCUUCCUGGUCGGAUCCCUCAGGGAAAGCUUACACCAGAGGCGGACGGCGAAGCUGCGAGCGGCCCUGUGUCGAGCGGAGCUCCUGCGGCACAAGGUCAUUCGGAUGCAGGCGUCGAGGACAAAGCUCGCGCUGGAUGCGGAGCAGAAGUGCUCGGUUUGCCAGGGAUGCUUUGCUGAGCCACAGUUUGCUCGUAACCCCCGCGGUGAACUGAUGCACACUGGCUGCGCUGGCUUUUUGGCACCAUAAACACACUGGCAGGCACAAAGCAGCGUCUGCUCAUGAAAAACUGUGUGUCUGCAUUCUGGAGAAUCACAAUCAUUUCUAAGUGUCUGCUUCCUACCCAACAAUUUCUCUAGAUUAGACUGCAUCAUCCAGACAAUCUCUCUACAAGCAUUGAAUUCAUAGGCCUUGGACUAGACACAUUCCCUAAUUAGAAAAAAGAAAAUACAUCGUGUAAAUAACUGGUUUGAGAGUGCAAAAGAGCAAGUGCAGCACUUUUUCAGGGCAGCGUGUCUGAAUCAUUUCCUAGAGACACAGAAACAGCUAUAAAGUGAAUUGUGGGGGACACUCAGGGGCAUUUAUUCUCUGAUCGGACAGUGGUGUUUAUCAUGGAAUCCACCUGCGGUCGCCCUGAUGACCACAGGAUGACCAACCUCCACUGCUGUAUAUACGCAUCCAUUUCCACCGGCUGCGUAUAUUUGUCUUCAUAAAGCCGGAAAUAGAAAGUCAA